AAAGCAAUUGUCGCUCAGCAUGGGAUCCAGGGUGAACAAAGUCGACCUGGCAUCCCUUAACAGAGGUGGUGAGUUGCUGGGAAUGCGAGAAAGAGAGCGUUCACGUUCACGUUCGCCGAGUCCUCAGAAGGCUCCUCCACAGGGGCCCCCAGUGUCCCCAGCUGAAAUACGAGCCGUAUGCAAUUCUCUCGAGGCUAAGAUUGCCAAAUCACCAAUCAAGAUUCCCCCGCAAGUUUCUGCGUUGAUCAGCCUGGUCAAGGAUCUGCCUGACGACGACGGGAUCCCCAAAAGGAUGAAGGAACUUUCCGUGGCCCUUAAGCUGCAGCAGCUGAAAGCCGCAACCGAGUACCUCAACGGCAUCAACGAGCUCUGCGCAAGACUGUACGACUGAGAACAGAGCCCAAGCAAAAGAAAAUCCAGCAGAUUCUGUGUGAAAGCACAGAGGCCCCAGCUUGUACUUUCUUGCUACCUGCUUUGCUAUGAAUGUAGAAGGCAAGUUGGUCAAUAGUGAAACAUCAGAAUGCAACGGUACCCAUGAGUCUCUGAGCUUCCCUUUUGUGACACCAUUUUGGCAUAGUGUGGUUGCCGAUAUAUACAGGGAAUACCCGCGGAUUGGCACUGGCCAGCAGUGGAAUGCCAUGGCAGGCUCACUGUCAAGGGCUUAUCUGAUCUCUCCAAGUUGCCUGCCGAGAUAUAGUGCCGCCCUGUCCUAUCCAGGGUUGAGAAGUCUGCAGGAAAAUUUCCAUAUCAUAUAAACAUGACUCAUCGGAUGUCUUCACAGUUUAUUGGUGGAAUGACUUGGUGGUUGAGAAGUGUCAGACCUUCUAGGCAGGACCAAGGCUGAUCAGCACUGUGUGUCCGACACAAAGGGAGUCCCAGCUGCUAAUGGAACGAACUCUCUCAAAAAUGGUGGUGCUGUACUUUUAUUUGUUGGUUUAUAAGCUGGUGCUUGCAUUGGAUUGAAAUUUCGGAAUCCUGGACCAUACUGCUGUGCAUGGAACGUGACAAUGAUUGAUGUGAGUUCCUAACAGCUCUGCUUGAUGUUUACGCUUGUGUCCUUGCUGAGCGCGCGCAUUGCAUGCUUCUUACAAAUUUGUAACAAAAACUAGUUGAAUC